GCUGUGCCUGGCGAUAUAUCGAAUAAAUCAUUGUUUUCUGGAAGAAGCACUUUUGUCAGUGGGAUUUUUAGCUGGAAAAAUGACUCUCUUGGCCAGAAUUGUGGUGAAAGGGACACAUUGAAAGGUGCUAUAUCUUCCUUUGAAUACAAUCUUUAUUCAAGUGUAGUUGAAAUAGAGGAAAUUGAGCUGAAAAGCUAAGCGGCUUGAUUGUUUGUGUGUUAUUUUGAGGUUAGGAAUUGAGCUUGAUAUUGCGGGGGGUUGGAUAAAAAUCACACACACCCCAGCAGCAAAAGAGAUGAAAAAGCGUGGAACUGGACUGACCACCCAGACUCUUCUGGACUUUGAUCUGGGUGAGAGUUCGUCAGACAGUGACUUUCGAAUUGAGGAUCAUGCUGAGGAGAGUGAUGAUUACUCUGAGAACAGCGGAGAGGAGCAAGUGGCAGAGAAUAAUGAUGAUGAUGAUGACUCGGAGGAGGAAUCAGAGAGUGGAAGUUCAGAGACAAAAUAUGAAUUGAAUGCCGAUCCUAAGGAUGGAGUUUUGUCUGUGAAUCAUUUAUUGGGGCAGGUGAAGGCUAAAUUGGAUCCAAAGUUGCUGAGUACUCCUAUUUGCUGUGCCUGUUUGGGAGAUCGCAGUGACGAUGCCAAUGAGAUUGUGGAGUGCGAUGGAUGCGGUGUGACUGUGCAUGAAGGUUGCUACGGGGUCAAUGACACUGCCAGUUUGUCGAGUACUGUAUCAUCCUGCUCUACCGAACCCUGGUUCUGUGAAGCCUGCAAAGCUGGUGCUCAGGAUCCCACGUGUGAAUUGUGCCCGAAUAAGGGGGGCAUUUUUAAGGAAACGGACGUGGGGAAGUGGGUUCAUUUGAUUUGUGCUCUCUAUGUGCCGGGAGUGGCUUUUGGUGAAGUGGAUCAAUUGACGUCUGUGACGCUCUUUGAGAUGCCCUAUAGCAAAUGGGGCGCUAAGACUUGUUCCAUCUGCGAAGAUGGUCGUUUUGCCCGGACAGGAGUCUGCAUUGGCUGUGAUGCUGGAAUGUGUAAGACGUACUUUCAUGUGACAUGUGCUCAGAGUGCAGGACUCCUGUCGGAAGCCCAUUCCGAGGAAGCUGAUCACGCCGAUCCUUUCUAUGCUCACUGCAAAAUCCACUCGGAUAAGACACUCCUGAAGCAUCGCCGGAGGAAUUUCCAUGCCCUGCGGCUUAGGAUGGAGCACCGGAAGCUCGAGAAUGAGCAGAAGCGUUCGGAGAAGCCGACGCCUGAGCAACAGAGGAUUGAGCGGAAGCUGAAGAAGCAUAAGAAUAAAUAUCUGGCCAAUAAGGCUAUUAAAAUGGAACCCUGGGUUCCCACGCAGAAGAUGCCAAGGAUGCUGGCCACUAGUGCUUCAGCCUGCCGCAGACUGAUCGUAAAGGCUCAGUUGAUGGGAAUUGAUGCUGAAGCCCUGGAAUUCCAGGAAGCUCAGAUGCUAGCACUGGCAGAUGUCCGGAAAAAAUGGCACAUUGCCCCGGCAUUCAGUGUGGAAUUCAUCGGAUACUACCUGGACAGGAUAACUCGGCUGAAAGAUCUCAAAAUCAAUCUUCAGGAGCAGUUGGAGUCAAACAGGAGAUUGCUGGAUGAGCAGAAGCAUCUCCGGGAGAAAUAUGAUCAAAUGAUAAAGCUGAGUGAGGAACUGACAAAAUCCAAUAGCCAGCUCCGGGAAAGUAUCACGAGAUUGCAUGGAAAUGUGACAAAACUCUGUCCGACCAAGAAUCUCGUGUCUAUUGAGAAUAUCGGGAAGCCUGUGGUGAAUGUAGCUGCAGCUACGCCACCUCCCGGACGUCCAAUGUCCGUUCCCACUGCAGCUGCCCUGAAAAUGGGCGUAGGCUUCCCCCUGAUCAAUCUCCCAGGAACUAAAAAUGAUUCAGGAAAAAUUCUCAGUACCCAACGACAGAAUAAUGAUGAAUUGCUGCAUGAAUGUGGCAUUUGCAAGAGAUGCAAUGAUCAGCAUCUUCUGGCCAAAUGUGACACAUGUCACUUUUACUACCAUCUCGGCUGCCUCAAUCCACCGCUGACGCGUCAUCCUAAAAAAUGCAAACUCUACGGUUGGCAGUGUUCAGAAUGUGAUCGUUCGGAUGAUUCUGACGCAGGAACAUCCCUGCCAAAGCGUCAACGGAAAUCCCGGGCGAGGUACAGCAAAGAUGGGAUUAUUGUGGAGGAAAAAGAAUCGCCUCCGGUGCAAAAGAAUGGUCCAAAACUGGCCAGAAUCGUGGACAGACGCAUGAGUAUUCCAAGACGAAUAACAGGUGGUGAUCAGAAGCUGGAGGGCGUGAUGCCAGUGGUCCAGAUCGAGGACAUCAUGAAGAGUGUACCACGAAAGCGAGGACGUAAGAAGAAAAUCCUCUCAAUAAACAACACCUUUUCAUCAAUUUACCCAGUCAUUCAGCCAAACACCAUCAUCCCUCCUCAGAAUUCCACCGAUCCCGCCCCCCCUGCCAAUCCAGCUGUCACAAAAACCCCUGAACAACCCCCAAACACCGAAUCCGGAAGCACCAGCAACAAAAGUGAGAAGCGCAAAGCCAAAAAAGAAAAGCGCAAUCAUGUCAACUCGUACUACAUUGAAAAUACCACUCCAGCUGCAGAAUCCUCCCAAUCUGAUCCACUCGACACAUCCGACAUCAACCCCCCGGAGACAUCACAAAAUCCCCCUGCCACGGAAUCUCAACUGAACGCAUCAAUAGAAGCAAAGAUUGAAAAAGAUCUCACCAAGUUCAAUCACAAACAGAACAGAAAAAAGCGAAAGGAGAAGCACAAGAGCAAGUACACAGAAUUGGAGAGAUUGGCCAACAAGGAGCACAAGAGGAAGCGAAAGAAGAAGUACAAUCUGGAGAAUAAUACAAGCGAUGCUGCACCCAGUGCAAGUGAUCCUCAUCCGCCAAUUAAGAUCAAACUCAAGGUCAUCCCAUUUCCAGCUGGCCAGGAGAAUAGCGAAGCUCAGGUCUUCUAUGUGCCCAGCAACAGUGAUCCUCCGCCAGAACCCAUUUGCCGACCCAUGGAGAUUUGUCGCAAUCAAACACCAGCGACACCCACGAAUUUGCCCAAUCCAAGCCCUAGUGUCAAGGAAAAGGAUUCAGAAGGAAAAGAGAGUGAGCAAGUCGAAUCUCAACGGAAUACAUCACCAUUAUCUAGCCCCAAGGUGGCACGUACAAAUUCCCCGCGCAGGAAGAGACCACGAACUAUGUCCCUCAACAUGUCAACCGGAGGUGGAGACACCAGCAGAAAUUCAGCAUCACAAAUUUGCGACGUCUGUUGUCAGCCGGGAAAUCCUCAGAACUCAGUUAUGUGCGAUGAAUGUCGCAAAAAUUACCACUUUGCAUGCUUGGAGCCGCCUCUCAAGAAGACACCAAAGCGUCGUGGCUACUCUUGGCAUUGUGCGGAUUGUGAUCCAACUGAUAUUGAAACGAUAUAAGAAAUUGAAAGUAUUAGCAUGUUUUUUUGAAUUAAGGAUAAUUUAUUUUGAAAAAAAAAAUUUCAUUCUGCAUAAAGUGGAUUACAAUAGUGUAAAAAAAAUGUGAGACUUAAAAAUUCUGCCCCACAUGGGGUUUAAAAAAAAAUGAAAAAAAAUUGUAGGAGUGCGAGGUGAAAUAAAUGUUUAUUCCAUGUCAACAUCA